AUGCGUUCAUUGAUAGCAUUCCUGGCCCCGGCGGCUUUCAUUUUUGUGUUUUUCUCCUCUGUCUGUGCCCAGCAAACAUAUUGGGUUGACAAAAGCUGUGACAUAACGCAUGCAGAUGGAACCAAGUUCACUGAUGCUAUCAAGGAGGUGAUUUGGGUAGCUGGACGCGUCGCGGACGCCAUCGAAGCUCAGGACGAUAGAUUGGAGCAGUCUUUCAUGUGGUUCUUUUAUUUUAGUGUCAGGGAUCGGUAUGCAGACAAGGUCAAAGAUACAUUCCGCCGUAUAUCACAACUGAAGGAAGAACCGUCCGGAAUCAACAAAAAUGCCAAUCUGCGCUUGUAUUGUGACAACGAUGACAGAUACAAACUUCAGCCUGGCGGACAUUACAUGGACGAAAAUAACGAGAGCAUCUCCGGGAGAAGCAUGCUUUUAUGCUGGCCGCAGCCUCAAAAGGAUGGGAAGGAUGUAUUUUACUACGCUCACACCAUGUAUGAUAUCGAUAAUCUCUGGAACUUCGUCAAUACGGGGCAGAAAUCAAGUCAACUGCCUGACAGGACCACAAUUAGCUUCUGCAACAGGAUGUUUACAUACCCCGGGCCGUUGAAAGAAAGACCAUUUACAGUCCGCGCAUUUGCAGCGAAAGAGCUAGACAAAUUAUUGACGCAGUUACCGAAGGUUUCGCCUCUCGCCUUUCACACGAUUCUCCAUGAGUUCGUUCACGUACCUUUUCUCAGCGAGCAGACCAUGACCGAAGCCAGAGAUGAAGAUAACACUAACGUGCCCGUUCAUUAUCAAAAUGGAAUAGAUUCGUUCAGACUGCACCCCACCGACACAAAAGAUACGUCAGGCUACUACACUGGUCCCCUUCCCGGACCGACGCUGGGCGACCCCAAGUUCGUUAUUAUGAAUCCUGACAGUUACGCAUAUGUUGGCUUUCUUUUCAGGAUAAGAGAUAAGCAGUGGGUGCCAUACUCGGACGGCGCAACUCCGCCGUUGAUCAGACUGAAGAAGGACACGAGUUUAGAGUUAGUAGGAGAUUGGCCUGGGGCGCCUACCCCGACCCCGUCGCCGAACGUUAAGCAGACUCCACCACGACGAGUGAGACGAGACGUUUGA